AUGGACAGAUUUGGGCAUACUGAGGCGGUCUAUCAUCGCGAUGAGACUCAACACGUCAUGGAAACGACCGUCUUAGCCAGUAUCCCAUAUGCUGACUGGGAUAAUUCUAUCAACAAGGUGUUCAAAGAUGCUUCGGAUGGCCUAUUUCUCGUCAUCACAAAUUCUACUAUUUUCUAUGCCAAAGGCGGUGGUCAACCGAGCGAUACUGGGACCAUGACCUCCCGCGACCAGUCGUCAAUCUUCACUGUCACGUCUGUGCAGAAGCUCCCGUCUGGAACGAUCAUGCAUCUUGGCACAUACUCUGGGGCCCCUUUUGAAGAACAGACGCUUGUAACUCAGGAGAUCAACAAGGACGCGCGAAAACUCCAUUCACAGAUUCAUGACGCUGGUCACGUCCUCGCUUCAGCCAUACGAAGACUAGGAAUACCAGAUCUGCGAGAGGUCAAAGCACAGCACUACCCCGGCACUGCAUUUGUUGACUUCCAAGGGAUCAUCCCGGGAGAUAGGAAGGAGGAGAUUGAGCAACUUGCGAAUCAAAUAGUCAAUGACGAUCGUUCAAUAAACGUCCACUGGUGGUCAAGAGAGGAGCUCGAAGCCAAAUCUUGGACAAUGCCAGAGGAUUCUGACGGUCAAGGUGGACUAGUGAGAGCUGUAGAGAUUGAUGGUGAGGGUGCUUAUAUGUGCGGUGGAACCCAUGUGAGGAGCACAGCUUUGGUAGGAAAGAUUAGAGUAAGGAAGGUGAAGAGGCAGCAAGGCAUAUCGAGAGUCUCUUAUGAGCUGGUGUGA